AUGUUUGGUUUUAAAAGUAAUAAUGAUGAUAAUCAAUCAAAUAGAAUAGUUAAUCUAUCACAUGUUUUGUUAGCAAGGAUCAUUAAUUAUAUAGAUGAUAAUGUAGAUAGAAUAGUGUUUACAUUAGUUUGUAAAAGAUGGCACAACGAAAGACAUAGAUAUCUAUCUUUUAAUACUCAUCACAUUGAUAGAAUUAAAAGAUGGUACAACGAAAGACAUAGAUAUCUAUCUUUUAAUACUCAUCACAUUGAUAGAACAAUCAAUGAGCAACAUAAAAAUAAUAUAUUUUUAAAUUCAUAUAAAUCAAUAUACAUCGAUUCAAUCAAUAGAAAGAAUGAUAACCAUCUUUUUAUUCGCAGAGAGAAUCAAAGAUAUUCAGGCUAUUGCCUAUUAACAAGACAACGUAUUGAAAUCAACGAGAUUUUUCCUAUAAAUGUUGAUUCAAUAGAGAUUGGAACAUCAGAAUCAGAAGUAGAAAAUAUCUAUCGAAUGAUAACAAGGUCCAAUGUCACCAAGCUAAUUAAAUGUAACACAUUAAGAUAUAGAUUACCAGAGAAUCUAACUUAUCUAUCAUUCGGCUCAGAUCUUAAAGAACCAUUGUUACCUGGCUAUCUUCCACCACACUUGAAAUAUCUCAACUUUGAAGAUAGUAAUUUCAGUCAACCAAUCGAUAAAGGUCUGAUUCCUAACGGUCUGGAAGUACUAAUUCUUGGUAUAUCAUUCGAUCAACCACUUGAACCAGGUGUAUUACCAUCAUCUUUGAAAUAUCUGGUCUAUUCUGGCACACAUCAUCUCAAAGUUGGAUCAUUACCUCCAAAUCUAGAAGAAUUCAUGUAUUAUAAUACUGAUAAUUUGUCGAUAGAUGAUGGUGCAUUACCCUUUGUAUUACCUUUGACACUUCAAAAAUUGACAGCACCAGUAUUAUGGCUUCCAUCAAUCAAAUCACUUUCAAAUCUUAAAUCAUUAUCACUACUUUCUUUUGCCGGUGAUACUAUUGAUUUAAGUUAUCUGCCAUGUUCACUUACAAAACUGGACUUUGAAAAAGGACAUUUAAUAUCAACGAUGCCACCAUCAAUCAAACAUCUCGAAUUAAGCUGUACAAUCUAUGAUACCAACGAAAUAUUCAAAGAUCGAUCACAAUAUCAAUUCAAUUAUCUAUUGGCGAAUGCAAAAAAAGUUGAAUCACUUCAAGGAUUGAAGAUCAAGAGAUUGGAUAUUGAGUUGGAAAAUAAUAGUUUCAAUAGAAUAGUUCCAAUUUUAGAAAUCGGAGAUCUUCCCGAUGGUAUUGAAACACUUCGAAUGGGGAGAUUCAAAGAGUUUAGAAUUAAAGUACAACAAAUUCCAACAACAGUUCGAAAAUUAGUUGUUCAUUCAUUAAGAAACAUUGUUUUUGCUGAAAACCAACCAUUACCUGUCACACUGCAAAAGUUGGUGAUAAAAUCGAGCGUCGAUAAAGAUAAACUAUUUCCAAGCGAUAUUCUUCCGCCAUCACUUGAAUCUUUGUCCCUACCAUCCAUUCAACUCCCACAACCUCGAAUACCCAACAAUCUUGUUCUAAAACUGAAUCAAAGAGUAAAUAAUCAAAUAAUAUGUCUGCGAAGACUUGACGAUCAUCAUUUUCUCUUCCUCAAUGAAGCACCAUGCUUUUUAUCUGCAAUUGUACAUGAAUCAGAUAUUCUAAAAACAUUUACAUCAUUUGAAUUAUUAUUAAAAUAA